CCUAAUCAUAGGUAGAGCAACAGCAUGGUACCAAGUCAACGCUGUUUUUUCUCUUCUUUCUUGGUAGAUGAAAUCUGCAAGGAUAGGUUCAAGUUCGUACCAACAAGUACGUACCGUUUUGACAUUUAUUGGUCUGCUUGUGACAUGUUGUGCGACGCUCCAGUUAUCCAUUCGGUUAUCUACAUACAUAUAUGUAUAUACACGUAUAUAGUAUAUAUCUAAGUAUACAUGGGUAUUUGAUAGAGAAUGUAAGGAAUAAAUGGGGUGAUGCACGGAAGAGACACGAAACAGGCUGAGAAGAAUUGCCGAGGAGGUCGACUUAUCGUGAUCGGCUCAUUGCGAAUUGCGAUUUUCGUUUAUACUCGUGUAAACUGAUAGACGCGAUAUCGAGAAAGAUAUUACCGAAUCACGCGACGUUGCGGCGCGGGACGUUCUUGCAUUUUCUUUGUUCUCCUCUUUAAGGCUUGUGGUAUUCGACCGCGUGCCCGCCAUACCAUAUCUCUCGUUCUACGCCUAACCUGCGUUUUCUGCUCUUUUUCGCUUUAUAUUUUUUCCAUCUUUCGGUAAGUUAAUUGACGUUAUUAUUAUUAUCUUUAUUUCUAUUUUUCAAUCUCUCAAUUGCGUUAUAUUACUUUAUGUAUAUUUUAUUCUCUUUUACAAUCGUCAUUAUUAUUCCUUCUCCCUCUCUGCUAACUAUUUCUACAUCUUUUCCCUCUAAACUCUUGGUCCUCUUUUUGAUUCGUCACAUAUUACAUAUUUACCUUUUACUUCUAAGUAUUAUAGUUUGAGACUGCGGAGACUUAAGAAAGUACGGAUAUUUCGCAUAAAAAAGUAAAUUAAUUUCCAUCGUUUACAUUUUCUCGUUAAAAGGAAAAGAUCGUUUCUAACGAAGACGAGAGACUCGUACAGUAUGAAUAAUAAAGAGGACGAUAAAGAUGCGAAAUUAGAAGGUUGUUUAAAGCUAAACGUCUGUUCUCGCAAAAGGAACAUGUUCGAGGAAUGCUCUAAGAUCUUUCGUAUCUUAUUGGCAAGUUGGAAAGAAAAUUACAGUCAACUUCGCAACGAUGAAUUUAACGAAAACUUAGAAGACCUGAUUUUGCCGAGCAACGAAGACUGGCGUUACCGAGUCUAUUAUCGACUGGUCGAACUGCAAAGAGAAUACGACGUCGAUUUUGUAAAAAGAAGGGUCGAGGAAACCAGAUUGGGGACGGAAGUGGAAACGAAGUUGGAAGCGGAAAGGAAUCGAAAGAAGAACGAUUGGGAAUGGGAGCCAAAGAAGCAUGGACACAGUUUGACAAUGGUUAAGCCUAGAAAAUAUGGAAGCGAAGAAUCGAAGGGAGGAUCGUUGAUGAGCGUCGAUAGGAUCAGUGGUUCGAUGAUAGAAACAUGCGUUCAACCAGGUUGGCGCGUUAACGAUAUUCUGUUAGCCGCGAAAGUUCUUCGGAAGGUUCAGCCUUCUCCUAUGUACUCGGACGAGGCCGAGAUGCGUCGUGUAUUUGGACUUGUCUACGACGUUCUCAGAUACAAAAAGAUAUUCGUUCGUGCCUUGGAGGAUAUAGGAUUUUGGCAGCACAACAACGCGAUCAAGGAUCGAGAAAAGAUCGUUUGGUUAUUGCUGUACGAUUUACAAGGAAGAAAAUUUGCGAAGCCACAGUUCGAGAUCGCCAAUUUCGAAGAACGCGAGAAGAUCUUUGAGGCUGCUGGCUUAGCGGAUGUCGAGAACGCUCUUCUGAAUGUAAAGACUCGUCUCGCGGCAAGUAUUUCCAGGCUACGGAUCCGCGGCUCUGCCCUCAACCUUGAUGAAUUGUUGCCGAGCCGAUUGCGCGUCAUCGAAGGCGUCGCUUGGGGUGUACAAGCUAGGAUCGCUUCCGGAUGGAUAAACAGCAUGAAAAUCGUCAACAAGACAAAAUUCCUCGAGGAAAUGUCGAAACUGAAAUUGACGCAUUGCGAAAGCAAAGGAGCGAAGGUAGAACUUGAAGAGAAUGAGUAUGCGUUCGAUCCAAUUUGCCCGAAGAUGGUUCAUUUACACGAAAGCAUGCGGGAAACGCUGGCUGUUUCCAGUAUCGUUCGUGAUCACCGUUUCGUAUUUCUGGUAGGUAGCCGAGAAAUCAGAGAAAACCAAGAACAUACUUUAACUUUAACGAUGGUUCGUUCGAACGAACAGGAAAGAUCAUUGUGUAUUGGCGCAGCAGCGUUGGUACAGGCGAUUCGCGUUGGUCGAGUCUACGGCCCGGUCAUUUUAACGCAUUCCCUUGCGCCUCGACACACUGGAUAUCUGGCUGGGCUUUUGGCCGAUAUCGAGCACGCUGGUAAACUCCUGGCCUUUGGAGCUGGCGAUCGUCGUUGCGAGUACGAGACCUACCUGAAAAACCUCGGCAUCACCUUGCAACGGUGUCGCGUCUUCUCCGAAAAGUACGCGUCUCAUUUGACGACGAGCGAAUCAGAGAGGGCCACCGUAGUGUUAGCGGUGCCAUCGUGUACCUACACGGGGGUCAGAGAUAUCGUCGAUCUUGCAGUGGCACGAGGUGGAGACGUGGGUCUUCUCGAAUCGUUAACGGAUGGCUACACUAACAGCCUUCACGACGACAUUGAUGACAACUACGAACGACAAGAUAACAAUUGCGAAGACGAAAAGAAUUAUAACGAUCAUGAACAGUGGCGUACUUUUUUGACCGAUCAAAUGUCCACUUUGAAAUAUACUUUGACCAGGCCGAAUGUACAAUUUGUCGUAUACGAAGUGCACACGAUUUUACCCUCAGAGACAACGGAGAUGGUUCGGCAGGUGGUAGACUGCGUUAAUAGGAUGGCCAUGGAGAAGUACAUUCGCGAACAUCCGAGGAAAGCGCCGAAGGAAUCAUCGAAAUCGGUCAAGAUGGAUGAGGAAUUGCGAAAAGACGAUCAUGCCUCGACACUGUCUGCGAACAUUACCAUCCCAGACAGCGAUCUCUUCGAAGUGAGCAGCAUCGACGAUAUUUACGGAGAGAACGUUAGUGAUAUGUUAAAUCCAGGAUGCUUUCUCGUGGUAAUAAAACGUAAAGAAAUGGUGCAAUUCGACUCGCUGUUUAUGAUCAAAGUAGCAGAAUCGAAGGGUUUGUUCGGUGAUCCGAAAGCGCAACAGCGAUCGAAACAGGAGUCCGUCAUCGAUCAGUCGAUUCGACAAUCCUUGCAAACAAGCGCACAAAAACGAGCAAAGCGUGUCAAGGUGGAGAUCGAGCGUAUAAUGGCACAUACGUACUCCUCAUUAUCGAAAAGCGUACAAGAAAAUCAGGUUUGUCCACGGCACAAACGAUGCGCCAGUUGGGAGGAAGCGACUGGAUUGCAGGUGUUCGAAAAUGCAAAGUUGGACGUUAAAACGUGGCGAAAGCAAAAGAAUAACGUGAAUCCUUCGAACACACCUCUGUACGCAACUUCGUCACGGAAAAAGGAAUUAGAAGCGAUACGCUCGAUCUUUUCACCGCGAUCCGAAUUCAAAGCGUCCACGUUGCAUACAGAGCCGAAGCAAAAGAGAUCUUCGUCCACAUUGACCAAUUCGCUCAACAUCGAAUCUCUGCCCCGCGAGGAAUGGAGCCAUGCUACUUCGUCGAUUUUGAGGUCACCGAUUGUUGCUAGAGCGGCGCGUCUUAUUCGUUUGGAGGAUUCCAUCGAUAGCGAGAAUUACGAGGAAGUGAAGAAGCAAACGCGAUCAAAGACAGGCCACCGAUACUGGGCAUCGAGGAAGACGUCCCGUCUAUUACAUCCUGUCGGAUCACCAUCCAAUGUAUACAGCUCGCUCUUUGAUAUCGUUUAAAAU